AUGCUAUCAAUUAUCAAUGAUAGUGAUAGUAAUAAAAGUGAUGCACUGUUUAUAGCUACUACCGGUGCUGAUAACAAUAGUAACUAUAAUAAUAAUAAUAUGUUACCGUCGAUAGACUGGUCACCAUUGGGUAAUCUAAGCCAAGAUAAGAUAGAUUUACUCAAAUUUUUGAACGACAAAUACUCGCAUUACGGCAACACUAGCGGUAAUGGUCGCGGUCUGGGCUCUACACUGGACGACAAUUAUACAGUGAUAAUCAUCUACGGAAUCAUUGUCUUAAUCUCAUUGUUUGGCAAUUUGUUAGUUUGUUUUGUAAUAAUGAAAAACAAGACAAUGCGGACCAAAACCAAUAUAUUGAUGGCUAAUAUUACAAUAUCUGGUCUAAUGAUUACCGUUUUUAACAUACCUUUCAAUAUCGCACGUAUUCUGCUAAACGACUGGCCAUUUGGUGUAGUAUUGUGUAAACUAUUGCCAGCAAUACAAGUGACAUCAGUUUAUGUAUCGACAUUUACGAUGACAAUCAUUGCAAUAGAUAGAUAUCAGGCAAUUAAUACACGAUUUUAUCGGCGCAUCUCAAACGUACUGCCCAUUAGUAUUACCAUAAAAAUAAUUUGGAUAUUUGCCGCUAUAUUUUCCACACCUGAGCUUAUAUUUAACAAAUUGGUUGACUUUAAACUUAUAGGUCAGACUCGAUGCAAUACAGUAUACCCAUCGCCGAGUGCUAUAAUAAGUCAACUGAUAACAGUACUUACAUUUAGUACACAAUAUUUGAUACCAUUGGCUAUAACUACCGGUGCUUAUGUUAAGAUUAUUAAUAAAAUUUGUCGAAAAUAUCGGCACAGAACUAACGAUAUACAGAAGCGCAUCAAAAGGACAGACCAAAAGAUAAUAAAAAUGUUAGCCUUUGUGGUGAUAGUGUUUGCCAUUUGUUGGCUACCAUUGAAUCUCUUUCACAUAUACAGCGAUUUUAGCAAAGAUAUCAUUAGGUAUGACUCCAUACUAUUUUAUUCGUGCCAUAUGUUAGCCAUGAGCUCCGUCUGCUACAACCCGUUCAUCUAUUUUGGUCUCAACAAACACUUUCGGCGCGAAAUCGGACAACUAUUCCGAUGUUUGCCGGGUGUUGGGCGCCGACAUCACACGAUAGGCGACACAAGCGAUCGACGACGUACUGGUCGAUCAUUGAUUAGUAGUAACAGUGCCAACAAUUAUCAGGAAAACAAUAACUCAUCACAUUUUAACAGAAGCUUUGAGUUAAAAAAUAUAAUGGUCGACUACUUAAUAAUGAUCAUCGGCUUAUACAUACUGGAGCUCGACAUCUAA